AAGAUAAUCGCUAAGGCAUUGGGCCGGGCCCAUAAAAAAUCAUUAACACGAAUGAGAAGCCUAUUACUGUGCACAAAUAAUUUUCUCUCCCAGAGCCAAAAAUUUCUUUCGUUUUGUGCAAAAGAAGAAACUAUGGCGACGGCGUGGGGUGCAUUCUGUGGAACCAGAGUGCUGGAGCUCGUGAAGAAACACAAUUCCCCCGGCCUUCUAUGGAAGAGAAUAAAGCUCACUUCCACCCGUAAAGCCAAUGCUAAGAAACGCCUUCGUCGCGUUUGGCAGAAUGAAGCUGUUUUGCGGGCAUGCGCUGAGACACCUCCCCAGGAAGUAUCACGGGCUGAAGGUAGUGGAAAUAUUGCCAAGGAUAACCAAAGCCCCCAAGGUUAGACGAAAUGAGUAAGGGCUCUAAGCAAGCAUGACAAGGGGACUAGGAAAAGUAAUGCGGCAAUAUAUAAUACUUAUUCGUUUUGCCAUCUUUGUGCCUCAACCGCAUAACUAAUGUUUUGAUAUUCUUGGUUUUUCCUUUUAUAGGUUAGUUUAAGUCAACAAUGUGCACCAGCUUGUAGAAUUUUACAUCUGUCUCCUUGGGUCUUGUUUUGACUUGCAACCAUUAAUUCUACAGCUACUCUUGUUUAUUA